CCGAUUUUAUAGGGACAGUCCCGAUAUUUGGGGCGUUGUCUUAUAUAGGUGCCUAUUACCCUCCACCCCAUGUCCCGAUUUUUCACAGUUGCUGUCUGGUCACCCUAGUGGGGGCAGGCACAAAGUUUGUCCACGUUUCUUGCACUUCAUCCCAUAGUGCUGUUGGCAGAUGACUUUGGCUGUUGUAUCCAAUGCUUCCAGACCGGGCGCCUGUGAAACUUGGGGCUUCAAUGCUUAAAGUUAUUGCCAUUGAUGAGCAGCUGAGAGUCAUCUAUGAGGAUAACAUUCAUUUCGACAAAGACCUUCCGGAAUUUGGGACUCAUUGCGGUGUCCACGUCCACAGUGAUAAGCUGACAGUGACUUCUCCUGUGUUAAUGUGGGUCAAGGCUCUGGAUAUGAUCUUGGAAAAGAUGAAGUCUUCUGGUUUUAAGUUCUCUCAUGUGAGAGCUUUUUCUGGGGCUGGACAGCAACAUGGGAGCGUGUAUUGGAAAGAAGGAGCCAGCCAAAUUUUAAAGAAUUUAUCACCUGAUCUUCCUUUACAUCAGCUACUAAAGGCUUGUUUUUCUGUCAGUGACAGCCCUGUUUGGAUGGAUUCCAGUACUACUACCCAGUGCUUAUCGCUUGAGAAAGCUGUUGGAGGGGCACAAAACCUAGCUAAUAUAACUGGUUCACGAGCAUGCGAGCGUUUUACAGGAAACCAGAUCGCAAAGAUUUACAGCCAGAAUCCUGAGGUCUACGUACAAACUGAGAGAAUCUCUCUGGUUAGUAGCUUUGCAGCAUCUCUUUUUCUAAGUGCUUAUGCACCCAUCGAUUACUGUGAUGAUCUACAUUUUGUGUUUGAAUACUGUUGUCUCAUAGGUUCUGGAAUGAAUUUACUGCAGAUUCAUGAUAAAAUAUGGUCCACCGCCUGCAUCAAUGCUUGUGCGCCUGGAUUAGAAGAAAAGCUGGGACCUGUUGUGCCAUCCAGCUCAGUAUUGGGCUCUGUUUCUCCAUAUUAUAUUCAGCGCUAUGGGUUUAGUCCAGACUGUAAAGUAGUGACAUUUACCGGGGACAAUCCAGCUUCACUUGCAGGAAUGAAACUUGAAGAAGGGGACAUUGCGAUUAGCCUUGGCACAAGCGACACAUUGUUUCUUUGGAUUAAAGAACCAGCGCCUGCAUUAGAAGGUCAUAUUUUCUGCAAUCCUGUUGACUCUCGAGCCUAUAUGGCACUUUUAUGUUUUAAGAAUGGCUCUCUAAUAAGAGAGAGGAUCAGAGAUGACUGUGCUUCAGGCUCCUGGGACGAAUUCUCCAAAGCCCUAAAAUGUACUGUUGUUGGAAACAAUGGAAACCUAGGUUUCUAUUUUGAUGUGAUAGAGAUUACUCCUGAAGCUGUUGGGAUUCACAGAUUCAACGGAGACAACAACAAGGUUCCAGACUUUCCAAAGGAGGUGGAGAUACGAGCACUGAUCGAAGGACAGUUCAUGGCCAAGAGGAUUCAUGCUGAAAAGCUGGGAUAUAAAAUCAUGCCAAGAACAAGGAUUUUGGCCACUGGUGGAGCAUCAUAUAAUAAAGAGAUCUUACAGGUCCUGUCUGAUGUGUUUAGCGCACCAGUGUAUACUAUUGACACCGCCAACUCUGCUUGUUUAGGAUGUGCUUACAGAGCAAUUCAUGGGCUUGUGGCAGAAACAAGUGUGUCCUUGGUAGAUGUAGUGAAAUUAGCACCAGAACCUAGAUUAGUUGUUACACCAACCACUGGGGCAGACCAGAUGUAUGAACGGACAAGCAGUCUGUUCCCUGGGUGGAUAACAUCUUGUAUCAAGACUACAUAUGAAAGAGCUUCAACCAUGCCUCCUCAGUGGGUGCAAACUCAUUCUACAAGAGUGCAAGCUAUGUCAGUAGGGUUCCUCAGUGUCAUCUCAAUAUUGGACAUUUGCAGGCCUGCCACCUGGUUGUUGAUACAUAUGUUUACGAACCAUGAUGCCAUUACUGCAUUUUCCAGAGCGGAUGCAAAUCUCUACCAGCCCCUUCUGAAAAGAUAUGCAGAGCUUGAACAAAAGAUUCUCUACAGUCCAGUCUCCUCUCAUCUGGCUAAAUAGCAAGAAAAAGAAAAAUCUAACACUAGCCCAAGGAAUUGACUGCCAGGGUGAAGAUCAGAAGAAAGUUGACAGAAUUUACUGCAGUUGUUUAAGGCAUUCUUCGUAUUUUGUGCCCAAAACAAGGUCUAAUACAUAUUAAAAUGUUUUUUUAAAAAGGUGUUUCUGGAAAAGUUGCUGAAAGAUUGAAAUCUUACUUAAACCACUCAAGUGUUUUUUUGUGUCCACAGCAUCAUUUUUUUUCUCAGAUCCUUUUCAGCAUUGUAAUUGGUAUUUUGUAAUAGCUGGGUAACAAUAGUCAGGUUAAUUCUAUCUAUCCAUUUACCCAUGUCUUUCUCUGUCUACAUGUCUGUCUCUAUCUGUAUGUCUACCAUGUCUGUCUGUCUGUAUCGUAUCUAUUUUAUCUGUCUGUUAUAUCCAUUUAUCUGUCAUAACUAUCUUUCUAUAAGUCUCUAAUCUGUCUGUUUUUUAUACCAUGUUAUACCAUGUUUAUUAUGGUGCUGCCUUACAGAAAUUACGUAAAGUCCACAAAAAUCUAAGCACCAUUGAUUUUGGACUCUCUUUCCUUAACAUAUAGGUAUUUUAUGAAGCUGCUAGAUUAUUCUAAAACAGAAGGUGGUGUAUGAAUAUCCAGGGAAUUAUGUUCCUCUGAAAGCAGUUAUUAAUAUUAAAGAGAGUACUUCUUAAUUUUCCCUUCUUCAGUCCCAGUGAUGUUCUGUUUCCAUUUGUGGAAAUGCCUUAGUGAGUAUUAUCUGCUAUUACAAAGUACUGUGUUGGCUGCAUUGGAUCAAAUCCCACCAUAACUUAUGCCUGUGCAAGCACACUGAAGGGUUGCCUGGGUAUGACUAAGAGGGCAGUUUGGCCCAGUGUCUGAAAUGUGAACUCAGUGCUUUUGCCGUUUAUCUGUAAUUAAUGGCUGUGGCCUCUGGCUAAAUGUGCUACAGACAAUAAAGAGUGUUAAAACAAGUAAAGGAUCUGUUGGAAA